AUGUCUGCGAAAGCUUUCAACGGUCUAAUUCGCUACGCGUGGUUUGACAGCAACUAUGUCGACGAACAUCCCGGAAUCUUCAAAACGGUUCAUGAAUCGUUGCAGCUGGCGCGAGAAGAGCUUAUACUUCAACCAUUUUUUUGUAGAAUAUUAUUUUCAUUAGUGAUAUUUCAUUUAAUAUAUAUUAUUAUUGUAUUCAUUCCAAUGAACAAAUCAUCGAAUUGUGUACAAAGUAAAAAAUUUGACAUUUCACGUUAUUCACAAGGCUCUUCUUCCAGAAUGUUAAACAACCUGCUUCCAAUUUUGAUGGCUAUCUUAUGUAUAAUGAUUAUAAUCACCGCAAUUAUCAUUAUUUGUUUUACUACACCAAAAUCUGAAGUGAAAAAAUGUGAACUCAAUUUUGUACGGAGGAAUUCAAAUCCAAUUGAAUAUAAUUAUGGUCCACAAGCAGUUUCUUUGGGAGAUUUAAAUAACGAUUCGUGGAUGGAUAUGGUUAUUGUUAAUUCAUUCGUGAAUCAAAUUGAUAUUUAUUUUGGAUUAAAUGAUGAAACAUUUUCAAAAGAAUUUUCGUAUUCAACUGGAAUUUCUUCAAACCCAAUAAUGUCUGCUGUUAAUGAUCUGAAUAAGGAUUCCUAUUUAGAUAUUGUAGUAGCUAAUUAUGGAAGGCAUUCAAUUGGAAUAUUCUAUGGAUAUGGUAAUGGAUCAUUUGAAAAUCAAAUUGAAAUAUCUACUGGGAAAUCAAGGCCAAUAUACAUACAUUUAAUUGAUAUGAACAAUGAUACAUUCAUAGAUAUUCUUGUUAUUAAUUAUGGUACAAAUAGUUUUACGAUUUUUUAUGGAAAUUUAAAUGAAUUUUAUUCAAAUUCGAUUACUUAUUCGACUGCCUAUGAUUCUCAUCCAUAUUCAUUAGCCGUUGAAGACUUAAAUAAUGAUCGGAAAUUAGAUAUUGUCAUAGCGAAUUAUGGUACAAAUAAUAUUGGAAUAUUCUAUACGAAUCAUAAUAAUUUGUUUGAAGAUCAAGUGAUAAUUUCAACUGGAAUAAAUUCUCAUCCAACUUCCGUAGCUGUUGCAGAUCUUAAUUCUGAUCAUCAACUUGAUAUUGUUAUAACAAAUUCUGGCACAAAUGAGAUAUGUGUUAUGUUAAACGAUGGCGAAGGAACAUUUUCAAAAAAUGAGUUUUAUUCUACAGGUUCUAUUUCUCCAUAUUCAAUUGGUGUUGAUGAUUUUAACGAUGAUGAUUAUCUUGAUUUAUUUAUUAUUAAUAUUGGAGAAAAUAAUACUGGAUUAUUUCUUGGAUAUGGAAAUGGAAGUUUUCAAAAAGCAAUAAUGCAAUCAACUGGAUCAUCUUCCUCAAUUUCAUUUGUUUUAUAUGAUUUAAAUAAAGAUCAUCGAUUAGAUGCAAUUAUUGUUAAUAAUGAUACAGGAAAUAUUAAUGUUCUUCAUGGAUAUUUUGAAGGUUUUUCAUAUAUAAACUAUUUUAAUAUAAAUACUUCUUCAAGAUUUAUAAUAAAUCAUGAUUUAAAUCAUGAUUUUAUAUUAGACUUGAUCAUUCUUGGUUAUAAUAGUGAUAUAAUGAUUAUUGCUCUUGGAUCUAAGGAUGGAUCAUUUUCAUAUGAAAGAGCGUAUGCAUCGGGAGUUAAUCCAUAUGCAGCAGCUGUUGGAGAUUUUAAUAAUGAUACUAAUGUUGAUAUAGUUAUUGUUAAUUUUGGUAGUAAUGAUAUUUAUAUUUUUUUCGGAAAAGGUGAUGGAAUUUUUUCGAGUCCAAUCAUAUUUACAACUGAUCCAUCGCCAGUAUUUGUAGCUGUUAAUGAUUUCGAUCAAGAUAAUCGACUAGAUAUUGUAGUUACCAGUUCUAGUAACAAUACAAUAAGUGUCUUUUUAGGUUAUGGCAAUGGUUCUUUUGCACCAGGUGUAAGAUAUUCAACUAAAAAAGGACCACAAAUUAUAGCUAUACGUGAUAUGAAUAAUGAUCAUUAUCUUGAUAUAAUUGUUACUAAUUACUUUGACAAUAGUAUCAGUAUUUUCUAUGGAUUUGGUAAUGGAAGUUUUGCACAACAAAUGGCAUAUCCAAGUGGCAGUGGUCCGUAUUUUGUAGCCGUUGCUGAUUUUAAUCACGAUACUUACAUGGACAUUGUUGUUACUUUGUAUGAUAGUCAAACUGUAAGUGUUUGUCUAGGAUACAGAAAUAGUUCUUUCGGAAAACAAGUUACAUAUGGAGUUGGUACUGUUCCAGUAUAUGUAGAAAUUGCUGACAUGAAUAAUGAUACACAUUUAGAUCUUGUGGUUAGUUGUUGGUAUGUGGAUGAUAUCUAUAUUUUAUUUGGAUACGGAGAUGGUUCAUUUGAUAAUGCAGUAUCAUAUUCUACAAACUCGUUUUCAUUUACUGUUACUAUUGCAGAUUUUAAUCAUGAUAAACGACUAGACAUCAUCGUAUCAAAUACAGAUGAUAGUUUUACAGGUAUACUACUUCAAGAUAAUCGCGGUUCUUUGAAAAAUCAAUUGACUUAUGCAUCGGGUGGAAGUUCAAAAUUACGAUCAAUGAUAAUAAAUGAUAUAAAUAAUGACACUCAUUUAGAUAUAAUAACUGCUAAUUAUGGUAGUGAUGAUCUAACACUUCUUUUUGGUUAUGAUAAUAUGAAUUUUCAUGAUGAAAUAAAGAUUCAAUUAAAUACAAAUUCUCAUCCAUCAGCAAUGAUUUAUGGUGAUUUUAAUAAUGAUCAACAAAUCGACCUUGCUGUUGCUCUUGCUGGUUCAAAUCAAAUUGGGAUAUUACUUGGAAAUGGACAGGGUUCAUUUAUCCGCCAAGAAAUUUAUCAAGAUCCUUCAUUAUCUGCUCCUUUCUUCAUUUCUAGUGGUGAUUUUAAUAGCGAUGGACAACUAGAAAUUGUUGUUGCAUAUGUUGACACGGAUACAAUUAAUUUGUUUGAUACAUUUAAUACUGGAUCCUUUAAAUUAGCACAGAAAUAUUUAGUUGGUUCAAAUCCACAAUAUGUAGUCUUAGAUUACCUUAAUAAUGAUAGUUACAUUGAUAUUGUUGUCAUUAAUACAGAUUCAAAUGAUAUGAGUAUUCUUUAUGGACAAGGAAAUGGGAAUUUUUCAAAUGCAGAAAUAUAUCCAUCAGGUACUCGUCCAUUAUCUGUUGCAGUUGGCGAUUUUAACCAAGAUAAUCGAUUAGACUUAGUUGUUACAAAUGACGAUAGGGCCACAUUUAAUAUAUUCUUGGCAACGGAAAACGAUAGUUUUUCUGAUCCAAUGAUUUAUUCAGUUGUCUCUGGUACAUUGCAUGUAGCAGUGGGGGAUUUUAAUGAAGACAAUCGAUUAGAUCUUGCUGUAAUUAGUUUCAAUGAACAUAUUAUUCUAUUUGGAGGACUCGGUAAUGGUUCAUUAUUUUCAUAUGAAAUUAUUAAUCAAACUGGAUAUAACCCAUACUUUGUGAUUGUAGCUGACUUCAAUAAUGAUUCUCAUUUAGAUCUUGCUGUUGCCAAUUAUGAUCCUGAUAAUAUUGGUAUUUUUCUUGGUUAUGGAAAUGGUUCUUUUAGUCAACAACGAACAUAUUCGGUUGAUUCCAAUCCGUAUGCAUUAGCGAUUGGAGAUCUAAAUCAUGAUUAUCGACUGGAUAUUAUUGCAGCUACACUGGGUUAUUCAACAGUAACUGUUAUUCUUGGUGAUGGUAAUGGAUCUUUUUCAGGUCGAAAAAGCUUUUCAGUUGGCAUUCUUCCAUCAUCUGUUGCUGUUGGUGAUUUUAAUAACGACAAUCAUUCAGAUAUUGUUGUUGCUAAUUCUGGUAGCAAUUUCAUUAGUGUUCUAUUAGGAUAUGGUAAUGGUUCAUUUCAUACUCAAAUUAAAUAUGUAACUAAUUCUGCUACAUAUUCUCUAGCAAUUCAUGAUUUUAAUGAUGAUAAUCGGCUUGAUAUUGUUAUUACGAAUGGAGAUGAUGCUACUAUAGGCAUUAUGUUAGGUGAUUCAAAUUUUGUUUUCAGACAGCAAACAUCGCUUUUUACUGGUAACUCUUCUCGAUCACGAUCAUUAGUUAUUGAUGAUUUUAAUAAUGAUUACCAUAUGGAUAUUGUUGUCGCUAAUUCAGGUACUCAUAAUAUUGGUCUUUUCUUUGGUUAUGGAAAUUUGACAUUUGCAGAGCAAAUGACAUAUUCAACUGGUAAUAAUUCAUAUCCAUAUUCUGUCGCUGCAGGUCACUUCAAUGAUGAUGUUCAAUUAGAUCUUGUUACUGCAAAUUUCGGGUCUAAUACGAUUGGCGUUUUUCUUGGAUCUGAUAAGAACUCCUUUAUCAGCCAGAGAACGUAUUCAACUGGUUCAUAUUCAUCUCCUUAUUCUGUUGCCGUUGGAUAUUUUAAUAAUGAUACUCGAUUGGAUAUUAUUGCUAUUAAUUAUGAUAAUAGCAAAUUUGGAAUUUUUCUCGGUCAUGGUGACGGAACAUUUGAUGGAAUUAUUUUAUUUUCAAUGCCUUAUGGAUCCCAUCCGUUCUCUCUAGCUCUUGCUGAUUUUAAUCGUAAUGGAAAGCUGGAUAUUGCUGUGAUUAAUAAUGGAACGGAUAGUUUAAGUCUUUACUUACAAACUUGUUAA